AUGAUCCGUAAUCAUCAUAGUUCAGAUCCCCCUCUCGCUCCACGGCUGUCAUCGUUCCGGUUGCAGGUUCUUACUGCCAACAGACUGGUGUCAUUAACGACCAUUGGCAGUGGAGAAGUACUCGUCCAUGGGUUGACCGAAGCGACAACGGUGAAGACCAGGGCUGCUAGACGACAGGGUCGUGAUGGUGACGAAGUCUUGCGAACCUUCCUCAUUUCCCUCCGAGUGAACCAAACGCCACCUGCCAGCCUUGUAGAAGGAGUCACACCUUCUUACGUCAUAUACAAGUGGAAAGCCCUCGUCCCUACAGAGGAGUCGCCAGGACCGCCCAGUUUCGCGUAUCAUCCGACCGUCGUUCGCGUCCCUGACUCCUCUGAGGCCCUUUUUAUAGGAGCUGUCAAAGCCCCGCAACACAAAGAGGAAUAUGCUUUGGAGGUUUGGCUUGACACUGUUCACGACAAGCGAGAACAUAGCUGGAGCCUCAUCAAGAUUACUGGGGAAUCUCCUUCCCCUAGGUCUCAUCACGCCGCUGUUGCUCUCGCCUCGCACAAGGACGGAGCGAUGGAACGUGUGGCCAUGUUUGGGGGCACUUCCCCAAAGUCUCUGCUGGUUGAAGAUCUUCUGUGGAUGUUGAAGCUGAAGCGCCACAAGACAGGUUUGACAGGAGAGUGGCAUCGAGUCCAACUCGAAAGCGACGAUGGAGUCCUGCCCAAGCCCGCGUCUCGUAUAGCGGCAUGUUCAGACGGCAAUGGGUGCGUUUACGUACACGGCGGACUAGGUCUUCACAACAUGCCUCUGAACGCUCUAUGGCGGAUUGACUUCUCCAGCUCAUACAAACGAGCCAAGUGUCAUCGAGUUGAUGUCGACUCAGUCGGUCGCUCACUCCCUCGAGCGAGUCAUGGUCUGUAUUACGUGAAGCGGCAGUCCCUCUUGGAUGCUGAGACGUCCAGCGACUGUCUCCUGGUUUUGGGUGGUACCGAGCCGCAGUGCGUUGAGUGGUACUCCAUGCAAGGCUCUCGAUGGUAUCGGAGUGCGAGCUCUCCCGACAUCAUCCCCCCUAGAGGUCCCUUAGUACCCGUGGAUUGCUCCACGAGGAUCCAAAUGAGUGAUGCUAGACUCACCAUUUUGCAUCAUUCAUCGUCCCUCCCUCACCUGAUGAUGUUACGGACCCGGUCGCCCCUGACCAAAUCUGAUAUCGAGAGUAGUCUCGAUCGCCUUGAGCGCUUCAGAGGCAUCGCGCAUUUGCUACACUGUUACGACGCUACUCAACCGCCCAAGGCCUUUCCUGGCCGAGAGUCGGGGAUCGCCGUCUCGCCCGAGUCGGCUGCUCACCAGCUGUGCUCACUUGGUGACCGCAUGGGGGGAAGGAGGUUCCUAUUUAGCGCCUCAAGCGGCGAUCUCGUCGUGCUUUCUCUCGACGGCAGCAUCAGCACUCUCGAGGAGGUGACGGCUUUGAGUCCACUAGUUAACGAACUGGCCCGAUCGGUUACUUCUAGCGGCCUUAUCGUAGCAGUUGUAUUGACCGAAAAGGAGUUGAUGUUUGGUGUCACAUCUGAACGCCUUGGGGAAGAAAUCGGUGAGCCAGUUUGGGCGACAGCCUCUACCAAGGGUGACCAAGAAGACCUCGCGGCUGUUCUAGGGCUCAUUCGUCAGCAGGCUCCUCGCGCCCUCGAUAUCCCAGCCUUCAGAGCUCUAGUAUCGGCUCACAUGGCCGGUUUGAAUAGGCUUGCCUCGGUCGUUGUGAUCGCAGAUGCUCAUCCUUGGCUGGUCGCCGCUGUCAACGACCCAGCGUCGCAUAGUGAGUUGGUCAUGCGAGAGCUGAGCCAGAAAUUCGAGGUAGAUGCGGCGCUUUGGAGGGAUGUUAGUCGUAGCUCCGCUGUUCAGGUGAAAGACCCAUUCCCAUUGCCAUCAUCAUAA